AUGGCCCGCGCCACCAACGCCCACCACCUCCUCCUCCUCCUCCUCUGCCUCUCCCUCGCGGCCGCCGCGUGGGCGCACGGUGGAGGCGGGGACUCUGACUCCGACGACGCCGACGCGGGGGAUGAUGGGGGCGCCUCCCGGCCUGACCUGCGCGCGCGGGGGCUGGUGGAGGCCAAGCUGUGGUGCCUGGUGGUGGUGUUCGCGGGCACGCUGCUGGGCGGGGUGUCCCCCUACUUCAUGCGCUGGAACGAGGCGUUCCUCGCGCUGGGCACGCAGUUCGCGGGCGGCGUCUUCCUCGGCACCGCGCUCAUGCACUUCCUCAGCGACGCCAACGAGACGUUCGGGGACCUGCUCCCCGACAGCGGCUACCCCUGGGCGUUCAUGCUCGCCAGCGCCGGCUACGUCGUCACCAUGUUCGCAGACGUCGCCAUCUCCUACGUCGUCUCACGGGGCCGCACCGCCGGUUCCCCCGGCUCCGCUGAAGGGCUGGAGGAGGGCAAGAUGGGAGCCACAAAUGGCACAAUCUCUGAUCCCACGCCACCUGAGACGCACGGAUCUGAUCACUCGGCCGCAUCCAUGCUGCGCAACGCGAGCACCAUCGGUGACAGCGUGCUGCUCAUAGUCGCCCUCUGCUUCCACUCCGUCUUCGAAGGCAUCGCCAUCGGGGUCGCCAAGACGAAGGCUGACGCAUGGAAGGCGCUGUGGACCAUCAGCUUGCACAAGAUCUUCGCGGCCAUCGCCAUGGGCAUCGCGCUGCUCCGGAUGCUCCCCAACCGGCCCCUCCUCUCCUGCUUCGCCUACGCCUUCGCGUUCGCCAUCUCCAGCCCCAUCGGCGUCGGCAUCGGCAUCAUCAUCGACGCCACCACGCAGGGCCGGGUGGCCGACUGGAUCUUCGCCGUCUCCAUGGGCCUCGCCACGGGCGUCUUCGUCUAUGUCUCCAUCAGCCACCUCCUCUCCAAAGGGUACCGGCCACGGAGGCCCGUCGCCGUCGACACGCCCGUCGGGAGGUGGCUCGCCGUCGUGCUUGGCGUGGCUGUCAUCGCCGUCGUCAUGAUAUGGGACACCUGA